AUGGAAUCAAUUCAUAAUAUUAUUGCUCACUACAAGAGUAACCUAACUUUUAUAACUAGUGUUGAUCCGGAUUUUUAUAGCAUCUUUAAUCUUGUUAAAGAUGUAACAACUUUAGCUUUAUCUCAUAUUCCACUUAUUGUCACUUUGUCACUGUAUCUGUCUUGUGUUGUUCGUGCGUCUUCUGUUAGAAUCCAUGUGGAUAGUGAUAAAGAUGUGUUAGAGAUGUUUAAAGUAAAUGCUAGUAAGAGAUUGAUAGACUUGUAUAUUGACAAGGUUGUCACUGAUGUGAGUCCUGAAUUUAGCUCAAUUGAGGCCAUGGACUUUGAUGAUAGGAAUUUUGAUGACAUUAAUUUUAAUGAUAGUAACCUGGAUAAUAAUGAGACAAAUGUCAAUGACAAUGAUGCCAGUAAUGUGAGAGACAAUGAGACCAAUGUCAAUGACAAUGAUGACACUAAUCUGAAUGACAAUGACACCAAUGUGAAUGAGAACAAUAGAGGACAUCUUGAGGAUGAGUAUGAUUUGGAAGAUGACAAUGAUAUAUUUAGGUUUAGAUCUGAAGAUGAGGAAUGGGAAAAUAGUGGAAAGGGAUAG